UUCCUGGAGGUCUGUCGUCCUGUAGGCUUUCGGUUCAGUCUUUAAAAAAGCGUACUUCAUUAAACAGUUUGUGAUCUUGUUGAGCUGCUAACCAGUAGAAUCACAUGUGCUAAAUAGGGGUUAAAAUAAAAACCUACACGACGACAGAUCUCCAGGAUCAGGAUUGGGCAGCCAUGCUCCAUGCCAUGUCGACAUAUGAUUAUCGAGCGUCGCAUCUCUGACGUUAUUAGUGCACCAGGGCCACUUACCUUCACAAACCAGAAAAGGUCCAAACAGGGUUGUUCUAAAUUGACGUUCGGCAUCUAAAGUAUGUGGUUUGCAUAUACACACUGACCGGGGUGAGCAUCUCUGCAAGGACCAGUCAGUGCAUUGGCCUUAUAUGCAGUGCUGGGGUAACACCGUAAUCGAGCAACCUCCUGGACAUAUUGAUAAGUUCAGUAGCCAGAAGUGCACCUGCUCCAGGAUAGCUGUUCGAGAUCAAGUAGAAUGGCAAACUCCAGCAGAACAUUUUCCGAUGUUAGAUCCGCUGUACUGUCUGUCCAUAAAAAUGAAUCUGCUGAAGACCAAAUUUGUUUCUACAACAACUGGGCUGAAAACUACGAACAGGAUGUAGCUAUAUUGGAUUUCAGGGCCCCUAGGCUUGCUGCUGAGUGCCUGUCAAAUUCCUUUGAGGGAGACCGAGAGAAAGCAGUGGUUCUGGAUGUGGCCUGUGGCACAGGCCUGGCGUCCACUUGGCUGCAGAAAAAUGGAUUUAAGAAUUUUGUGGGACUGGAUGGCAGUGACAAAAUGCUUGAAGCAGCCAAGAGAAAAGGACUUUACCAGGAGCUGAAGCAGUGCAUGCUGGGAGCCGCAGCCUUGCCUGUCCAAGCUGGGACAUAUGAUGUUGUCCUCAUUGUUGGAGCCCUAGGUAGUGGGCAUUUGCCAGUUACGAUCAUUAGGGAACUAUGGAAAGUCGCAAAGCCUGGGGGCUACAUGUGUUUGACCACGAGGGGAGACGAGAGCAACAAGGAGUACAAACAUCACCUUGAGCUUACUCUGAAUGAGAUGGAGAAGGAAGGGCUCUGGUCCCGGGUUUCAGUCAUGGAGGUGGAAGACUGGGAGAAGGCAGUGUCAGAGCAAGAAUCAGGGUACAUAUCUGGAGCAGUUUACUUGUAUAGGAAGUCUGAGACAUAAUGCACAGUGGUGUGCAAAUAUUUUGGCACCUGUGAAACUAUUUUGUUGAUUUUCUGAGUGAAAAGAUAUUAACACAAUCUCUGCAGGGAACAGUCACUUCUGUGAAUUUUAAUGUACAAUUUCUUAAUAUUUUCUGAUUCUGACAGAUUGUAAAAAUUUAAAUGUUUAAUGUGGCAUUGUAUAGUGGUGACAACUUGAAAACUUUGAAGACACUCAUUGCGAUGCAUUGGACCAAUCUUUUUGGGAAAUAAAUGUAUGACCUGUGAAGACAAAACAUUUUCUCUGAACAACUGUAUUAUUAACAAAAAUACAUUGCAUCAAUGUGCUACUUUUGAAGUUCAUCCCAAACUUAGGGAACUGAAUCGUGGCCUUCUGUAGUGCACGUGCAAAACCAAUGUGUCAUCCCUCACCAAUGGGGAAGGCUGAGAACUCAGAAGAACCAAAACAAAGGGUUGUCAACCUUUUACAAGUCAGGAAAUGACUGAACAAAUUAAGUUAGGAUGCCACAUUCACUAUUGGCUCAAUAAUUAAGGAGUAGAAAACCAUUGUGGUAAACUUGCCUUGUACUAAGUGCUGGUGCAUCUUGCCCCCACACAUAGUGAGAAGCAGAUGGUUUAGGAGGCAAAGAAAAAUUCAAGGGCCGAAGUUGGAGAUGUAAAAAAAAUUGGUUUCAUGUUUGCUUGGUUGCUUGGGGGAGUCUCCAAAGCUAUCAUCAGGCACAACCUCCAUGCCAGUAGGUUUUCUUGGAAGGAUUGACAUUGAGAGCAAUGAAUAAUAUGACUUUGCUAAAAGGCAUUUAGACUUCAACUGGAGUGGUAUGGUCAGAUGAAACUAAAAUUGUGCUCUUUGGUCAUGCACACCAGCAGUGGGUUUGUCUUUGGAAGAAGAACAAUUGUUGAAAAGAAAACUGUACCUACAUUGCAAUAUGGUGCUGGAUUAUAGAUAUUAUGUGGUUGUUUUGCAUUUACUGGUCCUUGGGCAAAGGAAUCAUAAACUUAAUUCCACUUUUUUUAAUCCAA